AAAUGUUGAUCAAACGACUGAAAAUCUUCUUCCUAGUGCUUGUUUUUUGUGGCUCUAUGUCCAAGCCAUCGUGCGUUUUCGGAUGCGAGCUAUCUGAGACCCCACCGUUGGAUACCAUCAACUUCUACCUUCAGAAUAUAUCCGAGACCAUGGCAGAACACCAUCAAACGUAUGAAACAGAGAUGAAGGAAAUUCGGCGGAAGGUGGUAACAAUCGAAGACAUUGUGGAUAGAAAAAUUCAAACCCUGGAGAGCUUCCAGAAUUUAUCCCGGAGCUUGGCAGAACACCAUCAGACGUAUGAAACAGAGAUGAAGGAAAUUCGGCUGAAGGUGGAAUCCAGCGAAGACGUUGUGGAUGGAAAAAUUCAAACCUUGGAAAAAGCUAUCAAAACGAUGCUGCAUGACAUGAAUAAAAAAAGAGAAGAAGCCUCCCAAACCAUGAAUUCGUACUUGAAGGAUGUUUCCCAAAGCUUGACGGAACACCGUCAGACGUAUCAGAAAGACAUGGAAGCAAUAAAAGCCCAAGGAAGAGAUUUAAAAACAGUGCUGCAAUACAUUGAUGAGAAAAGAGAAGAAGCCCCACAAACGUGCUUCGAUGUUCGAAAUUUGCCAACUGGACUGUAUCAACUGAAGCCUCGAAACAGCCCAGAAUCGUUCAAAGCCUUUUGCGAUAACAACUACUCGGAUGGAGGCUGGACGGUGAUCCAAAACCGUUUCAACGGCUCCGUGAACUUCUACCUUGGCUGGAAGGACUACGAAGAAGGAUUCGGAGAUCUGGAAGGUGAAUUCUGGCUGGGGUUGGAGAAGAUCCACCAGAUCACCUCUUCCAGGCGGCAUGAGUUGGUCGUACUUUUGAAGGCCUUCGGAGAAAACAGUUUCGAGCUGGCCAAAUUCGAUGACUUCCGCCUGGCCGAUAAGGCAGAACAGUACGCACUGAAGAGUCUCGGCCAGUACAAUGGCACAGCAGGAAAUUCGCUCAGUGCUCAUCUUGGCCAAAAGUUCACUACUUUCGAUAUGGACAACGAUCAAAGAAAUGGCGAGAAUUGUGCUGUCGAGAGAAAGGGCGCUUGGUGGUACGAUGGCAAAAUGUUCUGUGGUGAUAGCAACCUCAAUGGCAGGUAUGUGGUGGACGAUUGUAAUGGAAUGUUCUGGAUCGGUAUGAGACUAAUGUGCCCUUCGCUCGAAAUCUCACGAAUGAUGAUCCGAGUGAAAGUGUAAUCCAAGUUGGAAUCGAGUGCUUCCAUCCUUUACUAUAUAAGAUGACGAUUAGAAGAUAAACAUGAACAGUUUUUCUAUAUCUAUGUACAGAAAUCUUCUAAAGUGCUAAAUUAGAUUCAAGAA